GUCAGGUGAAUAUUAGGGUGGGGAGAUGAAUUGCUUAUUCUUUCCAAUUAGUUAGUGUCUAAAGAUUGAAACUUACAGUUCCAGUAGAAGACAAUGGCCACUCCAACUUCCUGGGCUCAGGAGGUCAUCACCUGUGACCUUUGUCCUAAGCCUACUCAGCAGUUCUGUAACAACUGUCAAGUCAGUUUAUGUGUGGACUGUGUCAGUACACAUGUGGACAAAUUCAAGUCCCAAACACAUGACAUUGUUCAUUUCACCAACAGGAAGAUACAGCCAGUGUUUCCUGAGUGUAAGGUUCACUCCAACCAGAGAUGUGAGGCCCACUGCCAACAGUGUCAUGUCCAAGUCUGUCUGAAAUGCAUUUUCAGUUCCCAUAAUGGACACAAGAUUGUGGAAAUACAAGAGAUUUUUAAUGUAAAGAAAAGUGAAAUUGAAAAAGAAAACCAAGAAAUAGAAUCCAUUAUUAUUCCAAAGUACAAGAAGAAAAUGGACAAUAUAGCGGGCAAAAUCUCCACAUCAAUGGCUAAAUUUAAUGAACUCGAAAGAGAAGCAGAAAAGCACAGACAAUUAUGGCACCAUGAAGUGGAUAACAUCUUCAACAAAAUUAACUCAAUGAUCAAGUCCACGAGAGAAAACCAUCUCACUUUUCUAAAAUCUCACCAAUCCAAGUUUAAAAAUCUUAUUCCAGAUAUGAUGCAAACUGUUACACAAAUAAAAGAAAUCUUGAAGACCAACAAAGUGUCUGAUGUCAACAACUACGAAUCCAAACUGACGGAAUACAGAGACAUACCUGCUGAUAUUGAUGUCGAAAUUCCUUCACUGAAAACAAAUGCAGUCCAAGGGGGAGAACUCAGCAUAUCAUUAGGUGAAUACAAGGCUGCAUUAACACAGUCAGCAUUAUCCAGUCUGACAGAUGAAGUCUUCCAUUUGUCUAUGAGAGAGUUAUUAGACAAAGCCAGAGUGAUAGCCACCAUUCCUACUGAAGUUUACCCUUUAUGGGGAGUGGUCUGUGUAGGAACAGAUGAAGCUUGGGUUAGUGGUAAUAACAAAGUUAUAAGGCGUGUGGACAUACAUGGGUCUGUGCAGGAAUCUAUUACCACCCAAUGCCCAUUCUGUCCUGGUGCCAUCUCUGUGACCAGGCAGGGAGAACUGAUAUACAGUGAUUAUUUCAAUAAAACAGUGAACAUUGUCAGAAGAGGAAGGUCAGAGGUACUGAUCACUCCACCACAGGGCUGGGGACCAUGGGGACUGUGCUGUACAAGGUCAGGAGACAUACUGGUCAAUGUCAAUAGUAACAAACAAAACAAAAUAAUAUGUUAUCAAGGAAAAACAAUGAAUCAGGAAAUAUAUAAAGAUGAACAUGGGAAUACAAUCUUUAAAGAAGGAUACACUAUGCUAAUUUCUUUGGCAGAGAACAACAACGGAGACAUCUGUGUCACUGAUUUUAAUGCUGACAUCAUGGUUGUGGUAGACAAGACAGGAAGAGUCCGAUUCCGAUACGAUGGUACACCACCCAGGAGAGAGAAGUCAUUUAAUCCUAGAUAUAUAGUGACAGACUCCAAUAGUCAUAUUAUUGUGGCAGAUUAUAACAAUGCCUGUCUACACAUCCUUGAUCAGGAUGGACAGUUCCUGGGAUGUGUGGACAAUUGUGGUUUAGAUAAACCUAGUGGAUUGAGUGUGGACAGUGAGGGAAGGCUGUGGGUAGGAUUAUGUGAUUCAGGAGAAAUUAAAGUGAUUCAGUACAUGAAAUAAA